AUGGCCGUCCUGGACGUGAAGAGCGCGGGCCUCGAGCCGGCGGAUCUCGACUCCAUCGCCCUGGCGCUGCAGGACAAGUCGCACAACAUCACAGCGGUGGAUGUGAGCGGCAAUGACUUGGGAGAAGAAGGAGGCGCGAAAGUUCUGGAGCUCUUUAUGCAGAACCAGCUGGUGAGGCGGCUGGCGAUGAAUAGCAACGAGCUAGGAGAUGAGGCCGCCGCCGUGUGCGCCAAAGUGCUGGCAGCCAACACCACCAUUGAAGAGCUGGAGCUCCAGGGAAACUCCAUCUUCAUCGACGGUGUGAAGCUCCUUGCCGAGGCCCUCCAGAAGAACCGCACCCUGCAGAGACUCGACCUCAGUCACAACCAGCUGGGCAUCUACGGCGCGGAGCUCGUAGCCUCGGGGCUUGCGCAGUCCUCCCUGGCUUACCUCAACAUCAGCGGCAACCGCGUGUGCGGCCGUGGGGCUGAGCAGCUGCUGAUGGCCUCCAAGGACACAGGCCUCAGACACUUGGACCUGGCCAUGAACGAGAUCGGCCCUCAGAACCUGGAUCUCAUCUUGGCCCCGCUGGCGUCUAGCAGCCUGAACAGCAUCAACCUGGGCAGCAACCGCAUCGACGGUGAGGGCGCGCAGCAGAUCUGCACUGCGCUGAAGGAGAACUCCAGGCUGGAGGUCCUAAUGCUGCAGCAGAAUGACCUUGGUCCUGACGGCGCUGCUCAUGUCGCGGAGCUGUUGGGUUCCAGCUCCCUCACCGGCCUGGACUUGGCAGGCAACAGCAUUGGCGACACGGGCGCCGCGAGCCUCGCAGCGGUGCUGGAGCGGUGCAAGCUCAUUGGCCUGGGCCUUGGCCACAACUCCAUCACUGACCAGGGUGCCAAGCAGUUGGCCUCAGCUCUGCCGGCAAAUCUGGAGUCCCUACAGCUCACCUGCAAUGCCAUCGGCGAUGAAGGGGCCUUGGAGUUCAAGUCCGCGGUGGAGAAAGGGCUGGUUCUCGACUUGAUGUAUAACAAUCUCAGCUCGGAGGUUGCCGAAUCUUUGCGAAAGGAGGGCUAG